UAAAUUUGGGCUAUUCGCUUAACUUUGACAUAUAGAAUUGGCCUAUUAUAGCCUGAAAACUGUUCAAUUUAAUAAAUGAAGCAAGAAGCCAUCACUACAUUUCCCAGAAUGCUUGCAGUGACGAGGGGAAGUGUCGUCUCAAAGGUACUUAAAUAAAGGAGCUGCAGCUCAAGCUGCUAAAAUAGACCAAUGCGGGAGGGUGAAACUGCUGUGGCCGCGAUGGGACCAGCGCAGAGAAAUGACAGUCUGUCUUGGAAUUGGGACUAAAUUAUACCCAAAGGACAGGGAUCGAGGAGGGAGCCUGGUUGGGUUAUCGGACAUUCCAUGUAUUCAAAUAGUUUUUUUAUUAGUUCAUCUACAAGAAGAUAUGGAUGCAAACGGAGAGGGGAAAGUUAACCUGGUUGCCUUUGAAUAUUUCCGGUGUUCAUUGUAACCCACGAUUAAAUAAAUACCUCGGGACGUUGUUGUGGAUUGUAUUGCUAUUUAAUGCAAUGGGCUGUAUCCAGAGUAUCAGGUGUAAGCCCAAGAGUUUCCGUGAAAGUGUCAUCGUUCUCGAAGUGAACUCCUCCAUUGACUCCACGCCAACCAGCAUCGACGAGUCAUCCAUCGUGGUUCUGCGCUAUCGGACACCGCACUUCCGAGCCUCUGCUCGGGUACUGGUGCCGCCCGUGGCCGGUAAAGAGACGUGGACCGUUGGCUGGAUUCAAACAUGUAACCACAUGGAGUUCUACAACAAAUAUGGAACCAAAGGGAUGUCGAGCUGGGAACUCCCUGACCUGCGGGAUGGCAAGAUCCAGGCCAUCAGCGACUCGGACGGCGUCAACUACCCAUGGUAUGGCAACACCACGGAGACGUGCACCAUCGUGGGCCCCACCAAGAAGGCCACCAAGUUCACGGUCAGCAUGAAUGACAACUUCUACCCCAGCGUUACGUGGGGCGUGCCUGUGAGCGACAGCAACCUGCCACAGCUCAGCAGCAUCCGCCGUGACCAGAGCUUCACCACCUGGCUGGUGGCCAUCAACCAGGCCACGGCCGAGACCCUGGUGAUGCAGACCAUCCGCUGGAGGAUGCAGCUCCACAUCGAGGUGGACCCGGACAAGCCCCUGGGCCAGAGGGCCACGCUGCGUGAGCCUGUGGCCCAGGAGCAGCCCCACGUCCUGGGCAAGAACGAGCCCAUUCCCCCCAAUGCCAUGGUCAAGCCCAACGCCAAUGACGCUCAAGUGCUCAUGUGGCGGCCAAAGACCGGGGACCCCAUCGUGGUCAUCCCGCCCAAAUACUGACUGACCUCAGGGGGUUAAACACUCCUCAUCUUCUCCCACUCCUCUACCUACUCCUCACUUUUCAUUUUCUCUCCCUUUACAUACUUUCCUUGUUUCUCCUUUAACCUUCCCUCAAGCUCCUUGCCUCUAUUUGCCUCUCUGUUUCUCUCCUCUCCUCUCCUCUCUUUUUUUGUAAGAACUGAGCAAGAGAGGGAGAGAGAGCGAGAGAGAGAGUGAAACAAGGACAAGAGCAGUUUGGAGAAAGAGGACACUCGUUGCCCAUAAGUGGGAGCUGGAGCUGGAGCUGACUUUAAAACUGGAGUGAACAAACUGCAACCAUUCUACCUUCAAACUGGGUCGGUUUCACUGUGCUAGAUGAAGUCAUUGCAAAAAUAUAUAUAUAUAUAUAUAUUUAACUUUGCUUUUUUGGGGGGG